CGACAACACCCACUAGAACGCACACGUAGCUGUCAGUAGGAAAUGCAGGCUGCGGGUGUUGAAUGUACCCCAUCGCUACGCUUGGAUAAAUUAAACAAAGAACAUCCCCUGUGAUUUAGAAUCAAAGCUUCACAGGGGGGGUGAGAACGGUCGCCGCAAGUCUGAAUGUGAGACUGGAAUAGCCGAGGAAUUCGCCUUACUAUCUAGGCUAAUAGAAACAGGACACUAUUGGCGCUAAUGCUAAUAGUUACAUUAGGCUAAAAUAAGCUAACUUAGGUAGCUGGUAAUUUAGCCAGCACCCUCACCGAGUGCAGGACAUUUGCUCUUCCAGGUCUUCAUCCAGUGCUGCAGUUCCUGCUCCGGUUUUGCUCUUUUGUGUUUUCGUUUUACGGAGGAGGUUGCGGAACCCGGAGCUGUGGCGGGGGGACGUGCGGACAGGAACCCCCUGGCUCUCCAGGCGGACGGAUCACAGUGACACGCCGGUCGUGGGUGAGUUGUUCAGCCGAGUAGAAGUUGGAGUUGUCCGAGGCAGCGGGGUGGACCAGGCCGUGGACGCUGCUCGGUCAGGGCCUGGCCGGCUCUGGGGGUGUUGACUAUUAGCUAUCAGUAAACAAUCGCUUCUGUGUGCUGAAUCGGGAAGUUGAGACGGGCCGACAGAGGCCUGCAGAGAGGAUAUGACAACAAAGUGGCUGAUGUUAUUAGCUCUUAGCAUGGAGUCACUCACUACAGCCGACAUUUACCUGCUUCGUCAGCACACUGCUGGAUCAUCAUUGUUGUUGGGAAUACUUUGUUGAUAGUGUCAGAUGUAUUUUAAUCUGUACUAGUGUAGCAGUAAAGGUUAUUUCAUCCUCUGACAACAGUUCAGGUUCACUGUCACGCUGUUCGCCUGCUCUUCAGACUGAUUUCUAUGGAUGCUGAUAUUGUUUUAUCGCCUCAAUCAGAGUAUUUGAGGUUUGGGUUGUUGGGAGAAGGGUUGUGUGAUUCGUUUUUCCGCCAAAAGUCAUGUUGCGGUAUGAUUUUGGUUUGUGUGUGGCAAAAGAGGAAAUGUAGCCUGAGAUUUAUCUUGCAUUAACAUUAGUUUUUGCAGAAACAACACACCCUAGUCACUUUUGCAAUCCAAAAACAUAGAAUACUACAACUGAUUCAAGGCCACGUUGUUUACUUCUGUGAUCUAGGGUUUAAAAAGACAAACUGUGCAGACAGAACAGAGACAGGUUUCUAUAGAAGUCCUGUCUCAUGAGAUUCUGCAAGUAUGUUGGGAGAAUGUGUAUGGUCCUGUCUUGUUAAAUUGGUGAUGUUGUGUUCUAGAAAAACAUGGGGUGAAGAAUUUGGAUGUUUAAACUAAUCAUGAGCAAAAUUUGAAGUGAGUGUAUGGUGGAGUACUUCCAGGAUGAAACACCAAGCUAAAAAGUCUAAAGAGAAUGAAGCCAGAACCACAUGUAAUUAACUCAAUUCAUGAAGUUAUUAAUUGGUGAAUCUACCUAAAAGAGCACAAUAAAUGUAAAGCUUAACAAACAGGAACCUCCUGCUCUGUCCUCAAUAGCUAGGGAUUUUUUUGUCUUACAAAACUUUUAAGAUCAGAUCUGAGGCCCAAAACAUCUGUUCAGUUAUUUAUUUAUUAAUUAAUUUAUUUGUCAUUUUAAAUGGAGAGGCGGGGUUUGUGUAGUGGAAGAGGCUUCUGGGGUGUCCUUAAUGAGACAAUAGCUGAAAUGAAGUUUUUCACACAGAAGCUGAAAUUAGGAUUUUCAAAGAUAGCAAUCUGAGCUAAGUGAAGAAUUUUCAGCAUGAGAAAACUCAAAUCAAACCAUUUUUUCUUUUAUUUUUUAAGGAGAGAACAGUGUGGAACCAUGGCUGAACUCUCCACCUUAUCCCCAUCACCACCUGCUUUGGGUGAUCCGCAUGCAGCUCCUUCUGUCCCGCCCUCAUCAGCAAUCCCUGCUCCCAACAGCCCGACUGCUCCAGAGUCUGCCAGGGAGAUGCCCUUGCCCAAGUCUUCCCUCUACAAUGAUAAAGCUCUGAAUGCAAACACUCCUUUAGGGGGUUCACCUUUGCCCCCUCAACCACCUUCAAGCCCCCCUAAACUCACUGCUGAGGCUCCCCUCACAUUGUUGGUACACGAGGCUGCCCCUCAAAGAGAGGAAUCAGAAGGGUUAGUUGCAGAGACUGGAGCUCAGGUUGUUGAGCAGGAACUGAUGACCAGUGGCCCAGCAGCUCCGGAGCUCUCAAAUCCUGAGACAGAGACCAACUUUCAGUCAAGUGAGACAUCAGCACAGAGUGAAUUACAGAUGGCAUCCCCUUCUCCUGAUCUCAAUCCUGGUCCUAAUCUUUACCCCAAUGUGCAUGUCACCCACAAUCCAAAUCCUGUUGUGGAUGCUGGUCAACCUCCAGCUGUUGAAUCCGAAACUCCUACAGCCUCCAGCCUCACACCUGCUCCUCCAGCACCAACAGACCCAACGGCAUCGUGUACAGCAGAAGAGGAGAAACCUCAGCCACCUCAACAAGCACAAAAUCCUCAAGGUCAGCCUCCUCCACUCUCCCCAAAGCCCGAGACUCCCAGUGAAGUGAAGAAAGCAGAGCUGCCUGGCAGUCCUAUCAGAGCAGAACACCCCAGCCCCACUGUUCCACUAAUCAACGAGCCAGCCUCUGUACUCCCGCUGCCCAAUCCCAACCCACGGCCAGCUCCUGACACUCUCAGCUACCUUGAGUCUGCCAGCCUGAUGUCAGGGACUUUGGAGUCUCUGUCUGGGCUGGGAGAGGAUGGCAGCUCUGUAGGCUCAGACUCUGAGAUUAAUGGCCUGGCUGUCAGACGCACUGAUAAAUAUGGCUUCCUUGGUGGGAAUCAGUACAGUGAAAGUGGGUAAGUAUCAGGACAUGACUCAUUCUACCAGCCACACUGCAAAAUAUUGAUCAUCCACUGUGUGAUUGCUUUAUUUCUAACAGAGUGGGCUAAUAGAUUUUUUGAUUGCAGACACGUUUUAGGUGUGGCUGUUUGAAGACUGAGAAAAAAAGAAACUUCUCUUCUUAUUUCUGUAGUUUCCUUGCCAACAGUCCACCAUUUGCUAUAUGAGGCAUAAAUAGAUCGAAGGAGGAGCAUUGGUUUACAAGGAUGAAUGUAAAUCCUGCUUGACUAUCAUCUUUUUUAUCUCUCACUUUGCCUUCCUUAAACCUCUUAUUCAUUCUGUCAUCCAUCUGCCCUAAAGAGAUCUUCCUCUCUUCAUUCUUGUCUUCUCCUCCUCUUCUUCCUUGCAGCGCUAAACGUAUCUGUCCAUCCUUUUUUGUCCUUCCUUUGGUCUGACUCAGAUAAUGCUGAGAGCGUUUUUGUGACUCAAUAUGUACUGACUGUGUGUCUCAGCGGUUUCAACCCUCAUGCCCAUCUGCUCUCUUCCUCCCAUUUAUAAACUAGCUUCUGCUUUUUGUCAAGCUAAUUGCUCUUCCAGUGCUGAAUAAUUAAAAUGUUAUUGAUUUGAUGUCAGUAGUGGCGGACAGUGACUUCUGAUCGACAUAAAGGAUGUCCUUUAUUGAAGGAGUUUAGUGCAAUUUCGUGCAAACGAAUGCAUGAGAGAAUAUUUGGUCGUUCAUUUUCGACAUCAGAUAGUAGUAAUUACAAAUCCCAACAUGUCAGCAUGCUGACUGUGAUAUCCAGGAUUGAGUUAAAGAAAAGGAUUCAUUUCUGUUUCUGUUAUUGAUGAGGACUUUUUGUGUUAUUGGCAAUGCAGGGAGAGGGACAUUCGAGUUGAAGUUGCCAGACAGAGAGAGGUGAAAUGGCUCGAUAUGUUCAACAAUUGGGAUAAGUGGAUCAAACAUCGCUUCCAGAAGGUAUGCAUGUAAACCUGACAGAAAUGCUGGCGUUGGUUACACCUAGCAUUACGCAUAAGUGAACACCAUGUGUGUUUGUCUUUAUGCUGUAGGUGAAGUUGCGCUGCAGGAAGGGGAUCCCAUCUUCUCUCAGAGCCAAAGCCUGGCAGCUGCUAUCCAACAGCAAGGAACUCCUGGAUGCCAACCGUGGGAAAUUUGAGGUAUCACUGUAACCAUAUUUCCUGUUGAAUUCCACCAUGAGAUUUGAAAGUGUUAAAAAAAAACACAAGGUCUAGAACACAGUCAGUAACUCUCAACUACAACUGCACAGGCAUAGAUCCUUCCUCAUGGAUUCAAGCACUGUCCUCCCCAGAAUUUUAGACAAAAAGUAAAAAGAGGAAGAAUGCUGUUUGUCCUUCCUUGGAGUAAACUCUUCUUCAUGUUAAGUAAACGGCCAAGAGUGUCCAGGGGACAUGUUCACUGUACAUGUCUGUUUUAAUGUUUUUAUACUAAUGAAAAGCUUUCUGGCUUUUCUUCCACUGAAUAACUGAUGUGGCUACAUAGACAGUGAAAGAUACCAAAGAAGCUGCAAUUUUGUUUGUUUGUUUGUUUGUUUGUUUGUUUGUUUGUUUGUUUGUUUGUUUGUUUGUUUGUUUGUUAUGGAUCCCCAUUCAUUCUGACCUUAGUCAGGACUAUUCUUCCAGGGGUCCAGACACUGAUACAUAACAGUCAAUUCAUAGUGCAUUAAAUUACAGACAAUAAGAUAUAAUUACAUUCAUAGAAAUGUACAAAUGCAAAAAGGACCUUUAGUUUUUAUAACCUUCAAAAUUCGAAUUUCUUUACUAAUAAUGGCCUCUUUAAUUUCCUUUUCGAAUCUCUAUUUGCUUUCAGUAUAUUAAUCAUAUGUGGUGGAAGCCAAUUCCAAUGUCAAUAUUUGUGCUUCAUAACUGGUGUGAAUGUGAACUAUCACCAGAGGAAGUUGGGACUGAGUAGGGCAAUUUUAACUCUCAAGGUGCCAAAGAGGCAGGCACAGGCCUACAGAACUUUAAGCCUCUUAUCAGUACCAGUAAUCCUGUCAGUCAGGGCCCUUGCUGUGUCCUGCUGGCAGGGGAUCUGGCCUCAGCUGAGCCGAGUCCCAGUAGUAUGUUCAGUUUUGCUCUUAAUGUCUGGCGAACACUCUAAUGUUGUUUCAUACACGGCUUUGCAGUUUAAUCCACUUUGAUGACAAAUUAGAAAAGUCACACCUUGGAUUAAAGAGAGAUUUUGAAAACCUCUUAUCUGCGUUUCUACUGCAGGAACUUGAAAGAGAACAGGGGGAAGCUAAAUGGCUGGACAUUAUCGAGAAGGAUCUUCACAGACAGUUCCCCUUCCAUGAGAUGUUUGCUGCACGAGGUGGCCACGGGUAAAAAAGGAAGACACACAUAAAUAAUCUGUCGUAAAUUAGCAGAAACACUCGCAUUUACCUUCAGUGACCUUUGCUGACCGCAAUCUGCAGAUUUGAUAUGUAAACGCUGGAGCGAUCUUCAUCUGGUCUGUACCAUUGGACUUAGUAUACUGCAAUUGUAAUAAUGUGUGCAUCGUUACCUUUGAUGUUCUUGUCUGUUGAAGUAACCGGUGAUGAACAAAAAUUGUGUCAAUUAUAGGAACAUAGAUAUAUGUAACAUAGAAGCACCAUCAGUAAGUCAAAUACAAAAUAUUUAUUUACUGGUUUCAUUGGUAUACAAAACCAGUAGUGACAAAUUUAUAAAAUCUUUAAAACUACAUAUGAAUGAAUGAAUGAAUUCAUUUAUUUCUAAAAUUUAUGCAAGAAAUAAAAUAAAUAGAAAUUUGCAUACAAAGAAAAAAAAGAAAUGAAGUAAUUCUACACGUUUGAAAAGAGUAGGAAGAAGUAAAUACGUUUUAAAUUCCUACCCCUUAUUACUAUUCCUCGUGGGUUUUAUAAAAAAAUACAGAACUCUGCUAUCGAUGCAUACAUAUGAAGUUCAAAUGAUAACUUUGAGAAAAAGGAAUCCAUAUUUUGUUUUUUGUUUCGCUGGAGACAAGAGUUUGAUUUCGGUAAUAUCAAUUCUUCUUGUUCCCUUAAGGAGUCGGAGCAAACUGCAUGAAGUGUUUAAUUUGGCCUCUUGUUAAAUUAGUUGUUUGUUCCUCCAGGCAACAGGAUUUGUACCGGAUCCUGAAGGCCUACACUAUCUACCGGCCUGAUGAGGGCUACUGCCAGGCGCAGGCUCCUGUGGCUGCUGUGCUGCUCAUGCAUAUGCCUGCUGAGGUGAGGGGGUGAAGGAGAGGCGUUCAGGUUUUCACUUUGAUUGCAGAUAAUGGGAUACAUUUUUUAGACUGAGUGGUAGGUCAGACGCCCGCUGUAUGAUUCUGAACAGACUUCAAACUUGUGGCUAGUCAAGCCUGAUCAGAAAUAGCCUCUUGAUUUUAUUUCGGCCUGAGUUUUUUUUUUCUGUGUAUGCCCGCUCAGCUGAUGCGCUAACAAAGUGACAGCUCAUGAGAAAAACGAGUGGGUGAACAAGCAGACAAAACAAGCUGAGACUAUUUAGUUCUCUUUGGCUCUGACUGAGUUAUAAAUAGACAGGCAGUAGACUGAUGACACUGCUGCAGCUAUACAGACUAGACUGUAACGAUAUGUCCUGCAAAUAUGGAGCAUGUGUGAUACAGGCAGCACUCAAGUCUCAGCUGUUUAGCUGUGCAUCAGCCUGAAUUGACCUAACUGUAGAAUGCACACAAAAACCUGUCACUCUGUCCUAUAGAUUAAUCUAAAAAGAGGGUGUGACAUUCAAGAAGCAGAGAGGGUUAUUUUAUACUGACUCUUGUUGUAUUGAAUGCCAGGAAGUAGCAAAGGUGUUGGUUUCAAUAGUCAGUGUUUUCUGUCUACUAGAAAAGCAGGAGACUGUAUGUUAUUAUUUUUUAAGCAGCCUUGCCAUCCUUUGAUUAUCUAUUUUUGGAAAAAGCCUCAAAAAUAAGCGGAAAACAAAAGGGGAUUAACAUAAUUGUGUCUCAUUUACAUUCAUUAAUUAUAAUUUGGCUUCUAUGUCCAGCAAGCGUUUUGGUGCCUCGUCCAGAUAUGUGAGAAGUACCUCCCUGGUUACUACAGCGCUGGACUGGUGAGUGAAUGAACUGACCCAUGUCUGUUUUUAUCAGUGCCUUAUGCUGAUUUUUGCAGCUUUGUUCACUCCAAAUUUCCAUCUUUUAGGAAGCGAUCCAGCUCGAUGGCGAGAUCUUCUUCUCCCUGUUACGGCGUACGUGUCCCAUGGCGUACCGACACCUCAAGAAGUUCAAAAUUGACCCUAUUCUCUACAUGACUGAAUGGUUCAUGUGCAUCUUUUCCCGCACAUUACCGUGGGCCUGUGUGCUGCGUGUUUGGGACAUGUUCUUUUGUGAAGGUAGGAUUUAUAUCUGCUCAGCCUAUUAUUAACUGAGCUGUUUACACACAUAAACCUGUAAUUAGAAAUGAAUUGUAUGUAUUAAACAGAAACUGUAACUAUUUAUGUUUGUAGUAGAAGACGAAAGAGUUUUGUGUUAUUUGACAGAAAACUGACUUUGGUCUUUGUUUGUAGGGGUGAAGAUAGUGUUUCGUGUUGGCCUGGUGCUGCUGAAACAGAUGCUUGGCUCCGUGGACAAACUUCGGGAACUACAGGGCAUGUACGAAACCAUGGAGCGUCUGAGGAACAUCUCCCCUGACUCUUUAAGAGAGGACAUGUUGGUACAGGAGGUCGGUCUCUUUCUAUUUUGCUCCCAAUAAGCAAAACCUGCUUCUGUUUUUACUCAGCCACAGCAUUUAUGAGUCACUUUGUCCUGUAACGUCCAGUUGAGUAAUCUUGACUUCCUCUGUCUGUCUCGCUCUUAUCUGAUCUGACAUGCAGAUCAUCACACUCCCUGUGACAGAGGCGCUUAUUGAGAGGGAAUGCAGCAUCCAGGUAAGAAAAUGGAGGGAGUCCAGGGGGGAACUGACACACCAGCCAGGCCGUCGCCUCCAUGGUACAAGGGCCAUCUAUGAGUACAAACGCCGUGCUGCAUCCAUCAGCUCCGGCGGCAGCCUGUCUUUCCUAGGGAGCUCGAUCCCACCCCCAGGGCCCCUCAGAGCCUCCUCUAGCCUCCUCUCACUUCCUGGCUUCCGCAGAUCCAAGACUCCUUUCCAUUCUCAACCCAAAAAGGGCUCCUUCUCAGGGCCAUCAGGAAUGGAAGGUCUGCCGCAUCAGUCUCCACCUGCAGCAACUUCAAGUCCAGGACGAGGCCCCGCCCAUAAACCACCCAUUCCUCCUGGGGCAGGUCAGAAGGCAGCUGCACCCCAUGUUCAGAGCCCGUUGGUCGGUGGUGCAGCUGCAUCAUCCCGUGGGUCGGCUCAGGCCUCAGAGGGCACCUCAGCACAAGGCCAGCCUGAGUCUUCAGCCCCACCACAAAGCACAGCAACACAGCCAAGCACUCUGUCCCCUGCCCCCAUGAUAGUCUCUGAGCAAAUUACACCGACCAUCCCCUCUCCAACAGCAAACAACACCCCUCUGCCACCGUUUCAAGAAAUAAAAAAAGAAGCUGCGCCGGCGGCUGAAGCCCCGCCCGGAGAGGAAGAUGGAAAGAAGAAGAAGAAGAGUAAAGAAGACAAAAAGAAGGAAAAGGAAGAUGAGAAGAAAAAACUGAAGGAAAAGAAGGACAAGGACAAGGCAGAAAAAGAGAGGCUCAAGAAGGAAAAAGAGAGGCAAGAAAAAGAGAAGAAAAAAGGAGGCAAGAAAAAGGACAAAGUGGGGGGAGAAGCUGAAGACAAAAAUGGAGCUACGGCAGCGAGAGAUUUGGCCUAGUUUUUCACCUCAUCAUUGAAGGAUCAUAAAAAAAGGGACGCUGAACAAAAGGAGAGGUCAGGGGGACAACACCCCAGAAACAAAGUGAUUAAUAAGAAGAAAUGGGACGGCUUCCUGUAUAACGUCAUUAUUAUAAAGACUUAGUGUAGCCCAGGGACUAUGAUGGAGAAAACUGGAUCAUGGUUUUAAUAGCACCUCAGGGGGCUUCUCGCCUCUUGCUAAAUGCUUUCAUUUCCAGAGUUUUAUUAAGAUGGGACAAACUUCCUUUUUUUCAACUGGAGCACGGACUGUGAGUCUGAAGAUUUCCUCAGAGUAUUACAGUCAUCUUUUAGGUUUUUUUUUUAUUCCUUUUUUUUAUUUUUAUCAUUUUAAUCAGAUUGAUGGUAGUGGUUGAAGAAAGGUUGGAGACAUGGAUUGUUGAAAUAAGGGUUUGCAGAAAUAGUUGUGGUGCCAUAGAGUGUGUAAAUAAGUACUAAGUCUACCUACAGUACAUAAGAUCCUGUUAGUGCUCCAUAUGCCCCAUCAGUUCUCAUCUGUGGACAGUGUUUCAAGAUGCCUGGAACAAAAAAAAGAAAAAACAACCCUUGACAUCCAACGCAGGCACUGUGGACAGAAAACUUAGUAAUGUUGUUGAGGAUGUAUUUAUUGUCAUGUUCAAUGUUGUGAGUGAGUGUGUGCCUUAGUAGUUUAGUGAAGUGUGUUACUGUUCUCUGUGUGGCCUCCCUGGUUACAGCCUCCCUCCGCCUGCUUUAUUUCAAUCAGAUCAAAUCAUCUCCGAAUCCUGUCUCCCCCAAUUCUUUUGUUUAGUUCUCAGAAAUUGAAGGAUGCCGAUGAACAAAGGGGGGAAAAGUUGAAAAAACAACAACAACCACAUACUAUGCAGUGGUGAUUUAAUAUUUAGUUUAUGCAGGGAGUAUUACACUUGUUCUUAUUUCAGGCAAAAGUAUAAAUUAAUGUGUCUGAGGUUUUGCAUAAAGCAGGCGCAAGAUUACUGACAGUCCGACAGAAUACAUGCCCCUCUUUAAAGUUAGUAUUAUUUUGCUCCAAUGAACAAAAAUCCCGCUUACAAAUUCAGCCAUAUUUUGGCAUGGGUAAGAACUUGAGUUCAUGAACCUAAGUGAAUGUGAUUUCUAAUCCGAAGAGAAUGAAGGAUGGUUUUUGCACUUGUGAGUUUUGUCACAAACACCACUGAAGUCAACCACUCCGUUAGUGUAGUGACACAGAAAACGUGAGUCUCAACAGGCCGGAUUCAUCAAGCUUGAAAUCUGUGCCUAUCGGACCUAUAGGAAGCCACUUGACUGGAGGUGCCAGGUGUGCCAAUGUAGCAUGAACCUCUGAUCUUUGACCUUUGGUCUCUGGUGUAUUUAUGUACAAAGUGGUUAAUUUAAUCAAAUAUAGUAUAUUAUGAAUUGUUAUUAUUAUUAUAAUUAUUUUGGAUUUGACUAUUUUUCUAUGUGAGCAAGAGACACCUGGUUGACUGGAAUGAUAGGUGACUACACUCAGUGUAGCUGCAGAGGGAUCAUUUUAGAGUUCAGUUUUUCUUUUCUGCACAGGCCGAAUCCUCUGCUUUUACACAUCAAACUUCAUGCAUGUCUUUGCUGUUUUUACGUUUACCGUUAGUUUUGGUCAACUUUAGGUUCACGAGUCUCCAGUUUACUGAAGUGCAGUAUUAAACAAACUACAGAGGAAAAUCGUCGCCCCGACAAAAAGAUAAAAAAAAAGAAAAAAAAAAAAGAAGAAGAAGAAACAAACUGAGUGAUUCAGACAAAAGUUGGAAACUGAAGGUCUUAAUUGUACUGUAUCAUAUACUAAGAGGAAUUUUUUUGUGCUUUGAAUAGUUCUUUAAUUCAAGAUCUUGAGUUUGUCUGUUUCACCAAGUUGUGUUGUAACAUUCAGAAUAACUUAUGGACUAACUCCCUAACCUAUUUACACUCAGUGUCCUGUACUGUAAGAUAUUUAUGCAUACAUUAAACGCACUGAAGCCCAUCAGUAUAUGAUGAAUAGUGCCAGGUAGUUCAUUGUAAAACCAUUUGAUGACAAAGAAAUUGAUGCUCUUAAACUGUACUGUUUUUCAUAGUAAAGGAUUUAGAGGGACUUUCGUGUAGCUUUGUAGCAAACGUCCUCCAUUUUCACCGUUUUCACUGAUUUCAGGUUUUUCCAUUGCAGUCAUUUGAAUACAAAAAUAUCACACACACUCCCUCCCUCUUCUGAUUUGACACCAGUGCAUUACCAGGCACAGUUCAGUGUGGGGUUAGUGAGGAGAAACUGAACACAUCUAUGCAAACAAUAUAGACUGUUUUAGUGACAGCAGCACUGCGUACGUUGAUCAAACUGGUGCCAUGGAAAAUUGGAUUUUGUGCUGUAUUAAAUUUUUGAAUCUGAGCGCACUUUCAGGCUCGUGGAUGACAGUAUAUGAUGAGCAAUACGUCAAUGAUCAAAUUCUGUAGAAGCAGCGCUCUGAUCUGCAAUAUUGUAGUUGAAUUUAGGAUGACAUUUCUGCAGGUCUUUUAUACAUUUCCACACUGAUCCUGAAAUCCUUGUUCUUCAUUUGAUUGGGAAUGACCCCAGUGAUGCAAAUCUUCAAAGAUGCAUUUCAGCUGUUUUUCUCCCUAUGCCGUUUUGUCUUUUCUUUGUGUUUUUAAGUUUACAUGUCACUCUCUCUGGCGAAAGUGAAAUAAAAAUCAUAGCUAAUUGAAUUCAUUCCUUCAGAUCUACAACUGAUGUAUUUAAUUGAUGAUGAUAAUGACAAUUGUGAUGAGUAAUAAACCAUAAUAUAUUAUCA